AUGUCAAGCAGAGGCGGUCGUGGCCAAGACGAAGGUGGAAACCGCGGUGGUGAGAGAGGCGGUCGUGGCCGAGGCGAAGGUGGAUACCGCGGUGGUGAGAGAGGCGGUCGUGGCCGAGGCGAAGGUGGAUACCGCGGUGGCGAAAGAGGUGGUCGUGGCCGCGGUGUAUUUGGUGGUGGCGGUGCCGGCCGAGCCAACCAGCUACGGGAAAAGGACGUCAUAACAGCAUUUGCACAAGGCAAAAAAUAUGAUUGUCCUUUGGAAGCGUGGAGUAACUUCCUUCCAUUCUAUACAGACCGCGAGAAGGUAAUCUUUAUUUACCUUGUCUCGUAUGAGAUGAAAGAUGGCGCUGAAGUUUUGGUGGAUCGCGUAAAGGAAAAGGCUUGUGAAGAGUUGCUUCGCAAGAUGAAAAAAGAAACCGGUGAAAAAACCAGUUUUGACUUCGCUCAGUGUGUGUGCACUGGGCAAGCCGUAUUAUCCCCGGAGCGGCUGCCCAUAGAAGAGUUUACUUAUGAAUUNAAGAGGGGACGCCGUCCAAAACAGUCGCACUAUGUGGUGCGAAUUUCUGAACUAAAGCCUGCUGUCUUGCAAGUUGAGGAGCACCGAACGGAAAUAAACACCAUAAUCGGCAAAGCUGUGCAGGUUUGCUACAAAGAAAAAAACGGAAGCAAGUACAUUGAUCUUUCUCAAGGCAGGGAAAGUUCUUCUGGAAGAAUAGCGACGUUUGAUGGAGUGAUCCCCAAGGUUUGUACAGCUACUAUAAAGGGGAAAGAAAUGACCGUGCUUCAAAUUGACACGUGUGUGGUAGUCGCAUCCGCGCAAAAUUGUCUGCAGGUGAUUGAAGACAUUAAAAGGCGGGAACAAAAAAACUUUAAAAGGGGUGUCAUGGAGCGUUUUGUUAAAGCGAAAGUGUGCACGAUGCUGAACGGUGGUAAAGGGGAUCUUUACACCGUGUUGGAUGUCGCGGAAACCAAGGCGGGAGAUCCUGCCAAUUUGAAAAAAAAUCCACAGCAAACAUUUGUUGGGUAUUUUUUGGAACGCUAUGGGAUGAACAUAGAUCCCAACCAGACAGUCUUCCGCUGCCGUACAGCAAGUGGAAAGACAGUCUGUAUUCCACCCGAAGUUCUUUACGAAAUGUCGGUUAGCGAUGCCGACAAACGCCAACUCCCCCAACUUUGCUCGUUGUAUCCCAAUGACCGUGCCGAACGAGUGAAGCGGGUUCUCCGUCGUCUUGAGACGGAAGAAAAUGGAAAGGCCGUGAAAUUCUUGAAGGCUUUUGGGCUUUCUUUUGGGAAUAAGUUUUUAUUCGUCAAUGGCCGUGUUUUAAAACCGGUAGAGGUACUUAUUCCAAAAGGAAGCGGCUACAAAUCUGUCCAAACCCUCGGGGACAGCAAUCAACAAGGGUUUGUAAAGGAACUUCGGGAUUUAAAGCAUCCCGGAGAAAGACAAACUUUGGACUUUGUGGUCUACGAUGAAACACGGAGAGGCGAGGCCCUUCUGAAUACACUCAGUAAACAUUUGGACACCAUGAACGCCGGCGUUCGAUUGGGACGGGCACAUUAUAUCAAUCGAAUCGGGGAGGUGAAAAACACCCCACAGAAAAAUGUUCUUGGGUUUGCUUUUUUAAAAGUGCCUGAGAAGGACAGCUACCGCGCCUUGAAGGCGGCGUGGGCAAAGAGGGGUAUUGUAAGCCAAGUGGUGGCAAAAGAUUUAUCUGACGGUCGGGAUGCCCCAAUUGUGAUGGCUGUUUCUCAACAAGUCAGCGCGAAGGAUGGAAAGUUGAAUUGGGUGCUGGACGUGAAUAAACUCUGUCCGUCUUUGUCGUCCAAGACUUCCAAGCUCGGUGGAAUUCUGGUAAUUGGAGCUGAUAUUGGCAGUGAGCAGCAGAAUAUACGAACUGAAACCAAGUCAAAGAAACAAGAUUUUUACACGGUCGCCUUCGUGGCGUUUUAUGUGCGGGGAUCAGAGUGGUCUCCGUACAGUAACCACUACCAGGUGAACGGGCGGCAGCAAACAGUUUUUGCGAGCAACCGUGACGCAGAGGAAAUGUCAUCGACCGAAGAUGGAGGGGUGGCCGUGCCAUCCGAAGUCCUUUCGGAAAAAAUAAAAGUCUUUUUGCCGGAAGCCAGGCGACACUUUGCUGAUAAAGGCUUGAACACGUCAGCAAUAUUAAUCCUCCGCGGCUGUGCAUCAGAGGGGGAGCUGGUAAAUGCGAAACAGCACGAUGCUGCCUUUUUGGGUGGCGCUCUUAAAGGGAACUUGCCUUGUGCUGUCGUGGCAGCGCAACGUUACCAACACACACGCUUUGGUGCAAAUACUCCAAGUGAGCCAAAUGUUUUGUGCAAUGUCCCGCGAGGUUUCGUGACCGAAGAGGCCACUGAUAAAAAAUUUGGCGAGGCAUUCUUCUUGAAUGGCGCAAACUGCACCCUUGGGCACGCGCGUUCAACACUGUACGCCGUCCUUCAUCGGACGGAUUCAUUCGAAUUAAGGGAGCUACAAUCACUCUUAUAUGGCAUGGGCUUUUUGUAUCCCAACAAAACGGAUGGGCUGCCGCUGCCGCUGCCCUUGAAGUGCGCAGCAGAGUACGCUCGAAAGUUUGUUGGCCUGCGGGAGGUGCAGGUUAUGCCCGAGAGCAUGCGCACAAAGUUACACUUUCUCUAG